AUGGCAUCUCAGCUAGAGCCCAUAAAGAAGGAUAUCCCGAAGAAUUUCGAAAAGAUCGGCUCGAGGAACUUCUACAUCGAGGAAUUCUACCAGAAGAAUUGGUGGGCUGCAGCCAAAACUUGUCGCCAGUUGGGCGGGGUCCUGGCAAGAAUUCAGGACGACAAGGAGCUGACAGCCAUUAAGCGACACUCAAAACGAAAACAUAUGGAACACUACUGGCUGGACAUCAACGACCUUGCUGAAGAGGACAGAUUCGUGUAUUCAAUCUCCGACGAGAUUACCCCCUAUUUGAAAUGGGCUUCGACUGAGCCAAAUAAUUUAAAUAAUAAUAAACACUGCGUUGACCUCUAUGCUGAACAUAUGUACGACAACAAAUGUGAAAAAAAAUACUACUACAUUUGUCAGGCAGAUUAG